AUGUCAACAAAGGAAUCUGAGCGAAUUUCAUCUGCUCAACAAACUCUGGACAUUUUGCAUGAGAUUUCACAGCUUUUGAAUACCCGAUUAGACAAGGAAACUCUGGCAACUUGCGUAGGGAUGAUUGAAAGCGGAGUCAAUCCCGAGGCCCUAGCUGCGGUCAUCCAAGAACUUUGGCGAGAGAAUGCGUUGUUGACCAGCGUUCCACGAUAA